GGGGUGUGCUGCGAAACGGAGAGGAGCAGGCAGCGUUUCGGAAGAGCUUCGAAGGCUUCACAUGAAAUGCCUGCUUUGAUGCAACGUUCCUCUUCGAUUCCUACCGUCGUAGCGUGCGGGCUUUCUAGUCCUCGGCCACUGUUCCUGUACUCCGCAGGUCAGGCUACAGAUUGCUGGAAAAAAUUUCCCCCCCUCGAGAAGGCGAACAAGACACGGACUCCUGAAUUUCAUGAAGCUCGACGUUCGUGAUUCAAGAGGAACAGCUCAUCACGAUUGUGUCAGUGCUGACGGAAUCGCUGAGAAGGUCCAAUCAGAGGAGACCAAAUAUCCCUGCAAAACCUCAGUUGAAAAGAACUGGCAGCACAGAGAGUGUUUUUCAAACCACAGUGACUCUGCACUAAUUGUCUGCAAGCUUUCCGCUCCUUACCAUGGAUGGCAGCCUCUUGUGAGAUGAAAGACAAGCUUAGGGUCAACUCCUCGGCUUCUCAAGUUGUAGUCUCAACAUUCUCCUACCCUUGGAGCGUUAAGCCCAGUUUUAGUUUUGUAUCAUAUUUUUUUCCAAUCAGAGGCAAUAAACGUCUUUCCUAUCUGACAGCCGCGAGCAUUUUAUUAUUCCUCCUGUGGAUUACACUGGCACAAAUAGCGCAUUCGAGGGCAUCCUUCGUUUAUCUGACGGUAUUUCUCGCUACUCAGAACAUCGCCGCUGCCAUGCUGGACGUGGUCGUGAACGUCGUAGUUGCCGGAGCAGCAAGGGCAAGAAGGAUUGACUUUGACUUGCAACCGAUCUCGUGGUUUUCUAUGAUAUUUGGCGGAAUUGUUGGUAGAAUUUGCGGUGAAUUAGAGUUACCGGUUUUCAAUGUCGAAGGCAUUUUCCUUUUCUUGUCAGUGUUCCCAUUGUUGCAGCUCUUGGCGUGUGACCUGUUAGACGUCAAGACGCGAAACCACGUGGCUACGGCGAUUGACGAAGGCAGCUACAAUCUAUUGGAAUUCGAUUACUGGAUGAUAAGCACUGAUAUCCUGGAGGAGUCCCACGUUGAGAUGGAUUGCUAUGGUAUUCUUAAUGGUGUAAGCGAAGAGGAGGAGUACUCGGACACAAUUAUAUUGCAGGCAGUAGACAAAGAGAGGCACAUCUCUGAUUAUGAUGGGGUUGCCACGGUUCUAAGGUUGCCUUGGAGGAUUGACCACGGCGAAGGGUUUGUAGGGAAAGUUGAAAAGUCAUUCGCACCACCAACGGAAGAAGUUAAACGUCAACACGAUGGUGAGGAUGAUGGAGACUGGAUAGAGAUAGGACUAAAUGGGCUGGAGAAAGGUUCAGAACUCGCUGAGAAUAUUGGGGGCUCAGAUAUAAAAGAAGACAUGCACAAAAGUUUCAUCUCGGAUGCGGAUGAUCCUAUCGAAGACCUUCAUCUUCAGGUGAAGGAGCUUCCGAGAAAUUCAGAGCAGUUAAAUGAAAAACCGCGUUCAAGUAGUGGACGGCCUAAAGUUUUCAAAAGUGAGCAAGUUGUGCAAAGAGGGCUAUGGCAAGAGCUGAGGUCAACAGUUGCAGAUAUUCUGAAGCAACCCGUCCUUAUGCAAUCCAUCUUGUGGUUUCUUGUCACUCAACUUGUGAUUCACAAUUCAUCGUUCACCAUGCUUUGCUGUCAGACUGAUAGUAUGCAAGCAGAAUCCUCAUUCCUGAGAGCUUCUCCCAUGAUCAUCUGGAGUAUUCUCAUUAUGACCACUUUCCUGUUCAACCAGUAUUUGAAGCAUCUCCCUCUUCGGAGGAUUAAGCCCUGAACGACGUCAUUCGUACUGCAUGAGAAGAUGCACUUAUGCUAGCCUGGAAGUAGCCUGGAAGUAGGUAAUCCUUCGCAAUGUGGUGAGCUUCAACCAUUGCAGCCCAUCAUCAGGAGUUUGUGCAACUCCAUAUAGGCUGUAUGACCACUUGAUAGUAGAUGAUUUUCAACUCUGACCGGGCCAAGUAGGGUGCUGCAUGUCCUUCAAAUGCUUGUCGGCUGGAUUGGCUAGUCGAAAAAUGAUGUUCAAUCAGCAACUGGGUUUUUAACUCCCUGUAAACUGCGUUGUAAAUCAAGCUUCACAACUUCAUGUGAAAGUCGUUAUUCAAAUCUUUUACUCCUUAGAAGGUUUGAAUGGAGUAUUUGAAUAACAUCUUGGUUUUUGUAAUUCAAGGAUACGACCCUUCAGAAAUGUAAAUUAGAAACACUGUUAUGCAAUUGCUAAGAAGCCCACAAGAAACCGAU